UUGAAAACCCCAGCGCCUUUUGCCCCGGUUGAAUGUCCUAGGACCCAGCCCCAAGCACCGCGUUUAGACGCAAUGAGUUUCACCACAGGCGCUGCUGUCCCAAUACAUAAUUACUAUCAGUGUGUGGUGAGGCCUCCGGAGCAAGUAAACUACCUAUACGGGAUGCAGCGAAUGCCGGUAUUGUGCCAAAACAUGAUUCGCCCAUAUCUUGAUCCCCCAAUCCCAAACCAGAUGACCAAUAGUGUUGACUACGGACCAUUAGGUUUCCCCCCUUACCAAACUAUCUAUCCACCGGCUGCACACACCAGCCAACCCUUGCAAAGCAGUGCGCCUAUUCAAAGGCCGAUCACUCCAGCAGCGUCGGUCGCUCCUCCGCCUCGCUUCACGAAGUCUCGUGAGAGGUGUCCCUUGCAGGUAAAAGACCCUACAACUGGCGCCAACGUCGACUUAUCUCAAACGGAACCCAGGGAUUCCCAACCAACCCCAAACGAGGAGCCUCCCCGUAUCGCCACUCCCGAAACAGUAACUCCAAACGAUACUUCAGUAAAUGAAGGCACCCACGACCCUGUGGGUGGUCCUUCUGAAGUCCAGGUACCACCUGAACUUGUCCAGGGAGAAGAGUCUGUGAUCACAGAUGUAUACGGUGAGCAAAAACUACAUGAACAACAAGAACCACCUCGGCAGUAUGGUGAGGUCGUCGAGCAAGUCUUAGAAAAUGGUUCAUCUGUGGAACCCCCAAUGUCCAAGAAAGUUAUUGAUGAUUUCAUUGAAGUCGAAUCUGGCGAAGAAACUGAUGAUAGUGAUGUGGAGGACGCCGCGUACCGACGCAUUUAUCCAAGGGAGUUUUUACUCACAUGCAAGGAUUCUCCUGUUGCCAGAGUACCUCUUCAGGAAUUGGCGACAUAUUUUGCAGAUUACAGCCGACCUCGCAAGGGUCAUCGGAAUACCGGUCGUGCCGCUCCCCAGAGGAUAAUCCGAUUACCAACAGGAUUAACGGUCAAAAGGGUUGAGGGUGCUUUCGUGCCCUCACAUCUUCGGAAAAAAGAAGGUGCCGAAACAGAUCACCAAAAGGUGCUCUCCAGGGAGCUUAACGUCAUUCUUAACCGAGUUUCGGAUGGAAACUUAUCCGAGACUAUCAGUGACAUUAAAAAUCUAAAUAUUUCCUCAUCAGAAGACCUGCAGUUGUUGGCGAAACUGGUCUUUCAGAAGAGUAUUCGGCAACCCAAAUACAGCAAAGUAUUCUCGACUUUGUGCAAGGAGCUCAAAGGAUUCGAGGUAUCCGGAUCCGAACCUUUCGAAGGCUUGAUUCUUUGCCAAGCACGAGAACUUUUCCAUACUCCUCUGGAGACGCUCAUUUCAGAGCUGAAUGCAGCGAUCGAUGCCAAAAUAGCUGCAGCCAAGGAUGAGGCUGUCAAGCGAGUUCUUGAAGAUGGUCGGGAGACGAAUAUCGUUAAAAAAACGGAAGCUUACUAUGGAAACAUAACAUUCUUGGCAGAACUGUUUUUAUGUCGGCUUGUUACGCCGAGGAUAAUGACCAAGUGUCUUAGUGAUCUCAGGGAUUCAACAGCACCCGAGGCUCUGAAUUCGAUGCUUAUUUUGCUUAGAACAUGUGGUCAAGAGUUAGAACAGCAGUCGAAAAGCGUGGUCGAAAGCUGCUUUUCCCGCCUUAACGGAUAUUUGAAAUCUAAUAAGCUUCCUACACAUCGGGUUUUCAAAAUUCAAGAAUUGAUUGAUAUCCGCGAUCGUGGAUGGAAGGAAAUAGACCAUGCACAUGCUCCUCCUGAUGCUCCAACCAAAAGGUCGGACGAGAAAGUGCGUUGGCCUUAUGGCCAGCCUUCCGUUGAACCAAAACGCAAACCCGCUCAAGCGAACAAUCCGUUAACUCCUUCAAGUCUCGCCGUCACACAACAGUCCCUAGACUCGAGGAAGCUUGGACCUGCACAUGCCAACUGGGUCCACGGUAGUGGGCUUCUGUCCAAAAAUCCUGCGGAGGACAACCUCAUGCUUGCGGAUGAACCGAUUGAGGUGGUAGACAAAUUUGUUUACCUGGGCAGCUGUAUCAGUCCCGGUGGUCUCACGAAAGAUGAAAUUUCCAUCCGGAUUGGGAAGGCCAGAGCAGCUUCUGCGAACCUACGCCACCUGUGGCGUAGGCGUGACAUCAGCUUCUCUGUCAAGGGUCGAGUUUACAAUGCUGCGGGAACUUCCCGACCUCCUGCUGGUCAUUCGUUCCGUCAGCCAGGCGUAUCCUUCGCACAAACAGUGAGGCCAAAGGAAGAUUAUGAGUCGGUUCUCAAGCGAAACCUAGGUUGCGCACGAACAGUCUUGACGAUGCUGAAAGCGAACGAAGACAGCAUGUACACCGUUUUUGAAGAUUGUAAACCGGACGAACGGUCAGCCUUACUACACGGUGUGCUGGAGCAGUUGAUGGACGAAAAAUCUCAAACAAGAAACGCGGCGGGAAUUAUGUGCUUGCAGCUUCUGAACAGGGGGAUCCUCAGUAACAACGAUAUCUUUCUUGCAUUUGACCGAUAUCUUCCUAACUGCACGGGCGAUUGGCUAGAGGACUACCCUCAUGGUUGGCGGUAUCUUGCUGAAAUUCUCCAACACCUAAUUCAGAAGGAUCAGGAUAAUUUUAUUCUCCUGUUAUCAGUGUUGAAAAUCUUGAAAUCUGAGGGACGGGGCGCUUCAAUAUUUGCUCACUGUCUUGCCCUAAGUGCUUCCCGUCUGGGUCCAGAUUGUGUUGCGGCUAAGUUCCACGCUCAGCGAUUAGAAUGGUCUAGACUAGGCGUGCCAGCAGCCGAUGUGGAAAACUUUGUGAAACGGCAUUCUGUGGAAUUCACUUUAUCCCCACAUCCGCUCGAAAUGAAACUCAAAGAACUCACCGAUCUUGCUGCGUCUCCAUCCACGUCUUUAGAGCAGUUCACCAGUUUAUUCAAAUCUUUGUGCAGACCGGAGUUACCCGGUGGUUUUGUUCGCUCAUGCGCAAGAACCUUGAUAUCAAAAUCCAAGGGUAAGAUUUCGUACCUUCUUACUGAUUUGCACAUCGUUGCGUCUGUUUGGUGUAUUACCAUCAACGGCAGAAAAAAACUGUUGUUGAUGUCAAUGCUUCACCUCAUUCCUAAUGUAUUCCAGGAGACUUGUUUUUUAUUAAGACAAAUUGAUAAUCGGGUAACCGGUCUUGGCAUUCUGGUUGAUCAUAAUCCUGACCGAGAACUACAGGUUCUUCAGGCCCUCCACGAGUGCUCUAACAGCGGAACUUCCACUGAAAUCUGGCAAAAAUCCUUAUUGGAUAAAAAGGUUAUAUCGACUGACGCUUUGGACUGUUGGACAAAGUCUAGUAACCCCAAAGAUUCCGUCUCUGGACAUAUUCCCAUUCGGAAUAAGCCAUCCUCCGAUUAUGAUUCGGUGUUUAUGGAACUGAUUUCCUUGUCAUUGGUUCCUGCGUGCAUGUGUGAUUCGAUGGAAGGCAGUUCUAUCGUCAGACCUUGA